AUGGAUCUUAAAAAGGAAAGCACGAAUAUUGAAACUGCUAGUGCAAGUGAUGAUAAACCGAAUUUAAAAGGAGAUUACAAAAAUGUUGUUUUAUUGUCAAUACUUUACAUUCUUCAAGUGAAAAUUUUAUGGGCACCGAUCGUUGAUUGCGUUUAUUUUAAAGUGAUCGGAAGACGAAAAACUUGGCUUCUUCCAACACAGACUCUCAUAGGGUUUUCGAUGCUUUUCUUAGCACAAAAAGUUGACAAAUGGUUUGGUGAUGAAUCGAAUCAAAAACCUGACAUAAUUUUGAUCACAACAGUUUUCUUCUUCUUAUGGAUUUUAACAGCAACUCAAGAUAUUGCAGUGGAUGGUUGGGCAUUAACGAUGCUUCAGCGAAAGAACGUCGGAUAUGCUGCGACAAUAAAUUGUGUUGGUCAAAGUUUCGGCGUGUUGCUUGGAUUUACUGGAUUUUUGAUACUUGAAUCGAAGGACUUUUGCAACGCGUGGAUAUUUAGUGAACCUAGAAAUGAAGGUCUCGUAAGCUUUUCUCAGUUUCUCGGAUUUUGGGGAGUAAGUUUUCUGACAACGACAUUUUUCAUAGCACUUUUCAAAAGAGAAAACUCAGAAGCUGAAGAAGAAUUAAAUUCACAUCCAGAUUUUGGAAUCAAGAAAGCUUAUCCUAUUUUAUGGAAAAUCGUGAACAUAAAACCAAUUUUGAUGUUGGCAGCAAUAUUCUCAACCGUUGAUUUAUGUACAACAGCAUGUGAUAUGAUAACAAAUUUGAAAUUGAUUGAUCAUGGAAUUCCAAGAGAUAAAAUCGCGCUUUUCAACAUUCCUUCAUUCAUUGUUCAACUGACACUCCCAAUUAUGGUGUCAAAAUACACAGCAGGAAGAUAUCCAAUGAAUGUUUACUUCAAAGCUUUUCCUUUUCGUUUAAUAAUGUCAGUUGCAAUCGCUGGAUUUGUUUAUGCAACGCCGUCAAUUGUUGAAGGAAAACUUCACGAUAUUCCUGCUUAUUAUUACGCCGGAAUUAUGAUCAUAAUUUUCUUUUAUCAGAUUGCAUUACGCUCUAUGUACACAGCAGAUAUGUCUUUCUUUGCUAAGGUCGCUGACCCAAUGGUAGGUGGAACUUAUAUGACAUUGAUGAACAUUAGUUACAUUGGUGGGAAAUUCGUUAAAACGUUUUCAAUUUGGUUUGUGGAUGUGAUCACUUGGAGAUCUUGUUAUUUUCCGGAAAACGACAUCAACAACAUAAGCAUGACACAAUUAACGAAUAAUUCAUGUGAAAACGAUUUUAUGAAAAAUGAAUGUGUCAACAGUGGAGGCAUUUGCCAAAUUGAUAUCGAUGGAUAUUAUUUGGAAGUUGCUUUCAAUGUUCUCUUUGGAAUUUUUUGGUUUCGAUGGGCUAAAAGAAUUAUAGGACAUUUGCAGGAACUUCCAAUAACUGAUUGGUAUGUUCUCUCGAACCAAAGAAUCUCAAAAGAUGAGAACGAAGAAUUAAAACAGCUCAGGCCGUAAAAUAAUUUGUUAUUAUUUUUUUAUCUUUAUUUAUGGUAAUUUAAUGUUGACUAUUUUAUGAAAGUAUUAAAAAUUUCUCUUAGAUAUAAGUUCAAUGUAUUGUGAUCAGGAAAAUCU